AUGGGCAAUGGAAACAAAAUCCCAGACGCCUGGGACGACGAUGAUUGGGAAGUCCAGGCCGACCGCGCAGCAAAGGAGGACUCUCCCGUACCAGAACCCCAACAAACUCCCAUGACACGCGCUGAACGUCUGGCAAAGCACGCCGAGGAGCAGCGAAAGCUAUGGGAUUCGGCAGAGACCCCCAAUGAAGCACCCUUCUUGCCUCCGACGAGUCCAGUGCCCCUGACUACGGCCUUCAAGCCGGUUGUCAAACUCUUAAGCCGCAAACCCGCCCCCCAGGUCAUCACCAGGCGCGACCCAGUUACCGGCCUCGAGCAAUUGACGAUACAAGACGACGAGGAAGACGAAACCGAGAAGAAGAAGCAGGAGACUCCCGAGGAGAUACGGAAACGUCAGCAACGCGACCUGGAAGAAAAGCAAAAACGGUACGAGCAGGCCCGAGCCAAGAUCUUUGGCGACUCGGAUCCUUCGUCAGGCCAGUCCACGCCGCGCACCGGCACCCCGCCAUCAGGAGGAGGAGACGCCCGGCAAAGCUACAAGGGACGGGGCAGGGGGCGUGGCGGCCGGGCAAUCUAA